CAGAGGAAGUUGCUUCCUCACCAAGUUUUUAAAUAUGACUACAUAUUACUCAUCAUCAUCCGAAGAAUCCGAUCCAGUGUCUUUUGAAAUUCCAAAGUAAUCCAGUUAGGCUUUUGCAGCUUCAAGCUCCAUCAGUUGUUUUUAAAGAUAAACUUGUCUGUUACUCUCUUACAUUUACAGACACACUUCUUUGUUACUCUUACAUUUACCUACACUUCUCCAGUUCUCUGUGCUUCCUACUUUCACUCUUACGCGCUGCGCGGAUCGGUUUCUUGAGAAGCUAACAUGGAGAAAGACGGAAAUAACUCUGCUGAUCCUCUCGCUGUGGGAGAAGCCACACAAGAACUUGGGCGUGAACCUUGUGAUGAUGAACAACCUCGUUAUGUUCCAACCGAGCUGGUCAAACCACCGUGUUCAAAUGAUGCUAGUGUAAUGUAUCAUUGCUACUUAAUUAAGCUGAAGCAGAAUAUUGAUUGCGAUAUUCCAGUUAGUGAUAUCGUACUUGCCACAAGGAAUAAACUUGAUUGUGAUACCAUUGCAAAUAUGAAUUUUGAAUUACAAGUUCAAAGGGGUCCUUUAGCAGUAAACUUUAAAUAUGCUGGAGAUGUUAAUCUAUGUUCAGAGCAGGUUCUUGUUUGCAGAAGGUUCCAAAUCACAAUUUUUCGGAUUCUGGUGGAUCAUGAAUUGACAAAGUUGGAGAAAGUUUUAGAAAGAUUUCAUUUGGGACAAAACUAUAUGGGACUGAAUCGAUUGAUUACCUUUUGCUACCAGCAGCAAGGAUACACCAGAGAGCUUCCAUCAUUGAUUUAGACACUGUUAUGUCUAUGUCGUCCCAUUGUAACAAAGAUUUUGGGAAUCGUGUUUGUGUAGAUUGUCCUCAACCAAACAACAAUUCCCAUGUUCCACUACAUACCAAAAAUGGUAUGGUUUGUACGUGCAGGAUCCAGAAUUCCGUGGUCUAUACGCCUCAUACCGAUGGCCUGUAUUGCAUCACUGGCCUGUUGGAUGACUUGACUGGAAACUCACUAAUGAGGGACAACAAAUCUAUUACCUACAAAGCCUACUAUGAAGCAAAGCAUGGGAUCAACAUGCGUUUUGAUCAACAGUUAUUGCUUAAUGGGCGAGGCAUCUUUCGGCUACAAAAUUAUCUUCUGUGGUCCAGACAACAGAGAAAAAGAGGAUCAAGUCAUGCAUCCGUUCAACUGCCGCCAGAACUUUGCACUAUAAUCAUGUCACCUAUAUCAAUCAGCAAUUUAUAUUCAUUCUCACUUGUUCCGUCCAUCAUGCAUCGGCUUGAGUCAUUACUACUCGCUGUCAACUUGAAACAGAUGAUUUUGGAUCAUUUGCCGCAAAAUGUUACCAUCCCAACCAUUAAGGUCUUGGAAUCUAUUACUACAGAAGGUUGCCAAGAGAACUUAGAUUUGGAAUCCUUGGAGACUCUUGGAGAUUCCUUUCUUAAGUAUGCUGCAAGUCAGCAGUUUUUCAAAACCUGUCAAAAUGAUCGUGAGGGCCUCCUUAGCGAAUAUAAGGAACACAUAAUUUCUAAUCUUUCCCUGGGCAAGCUUGGAUGUGACCGUAAAAUUUCGGGUUUUAUUCGUAACGAGACUUUUGAUCCAAAAAAGUGGAUUAUACCUGGAGAUUAUUGUAGAAGUUAUUUCUUAAAUGAGGAGUUGCUUUUUGAUAAAAGAAGCAUCUAUGUUGGGGGAACAAGGAAGAUCGAUGCUAAAAUUGUUGCGGACGUAGUUGAGGCACUAAUCGGUGCAUUUCUUAGCACAGGUGGUGAACUAGAUGCCAUAUAUUUCAUGAACUGGGUUGGUAUAGAGGUGGAUUUAGACCACAUACGAUAUGAGAGGCACUUACAAGUGCAGUCAGAGAUACCCGUUGAUGUUGGACAUUUAGAGUCAUUGCUUGACUAUAAAUUUCAGGAUCCUUCUCUUCUCGUGGAAGCAUUAAGCCAUGGUUCUUAUAUUCCCGGAGGUUACCAGGUAUGUGCAAUGAUGUGACGACAAUGAAACGUAUUCCAUGCGUAUCU